CCAGGGAGGACUUAGACGACGGGUAUUGAGUAAAUAGCCACAACCAUACCCGUGUUUUGGCGCUGAGAAGACUGACAGAUCAGCUCUGCCAAUAUCACCUUCUGCUGGUGGUGCCCAAGAUGAUUUGGGGAGGUACAUGGAUGCGUCAUCAAUCACAUAAGGAAAAAAGGUCACUGGAAGGACUGAGCGCGUUCGGGAGCCUGGAGGAACUCAUCUUGGACAACAAUCUGCUCGGGGAUGACCUCGUGUUGCCAGGGUUACCCAGGCUCCACACCUUAACCCUCAACAAGAACCAAAUCACUGACUUGGAGUGCCUGCUUGAUCAUCUGGCAGAAGCGACACCAGCUCUGGAGUACCUCAGCCUGCUGGGAAAUGUGGCAUGUCCCAACGAGCUAGUCAGCCUGGAAAAGGAUGAGGAAGACUACAAGAGAUACAGAUGCUUUGUUCUGCACAAGCUGCCCAACUUGAAGUUUCUGGAUGCUCGUAAAGUAACCAAACAAGAACGAGAGGAAGCUUUGGUCAGAGGGGCGUUCAUGAAGGUGGUGAAGCCCAAGAUUCCAGAGACAGCCCGUAUCACCAAACCAAACUCACAUUACAGUAAGUCCCCUACAUAUGAACCUUCAAGUUGCAAACUUUCAAAGAUGCGAACGUGCGUUUGCAUGUCCAGUCACGCAAGGCGUGAGUGAAACUGCAGCUCUCCCUCCGUCUCCUGUUGCUGACGAUCCUUCAGCUCUACCCUCUCCCACCUCCUCAUCUCCCUCCUGUUCACUCAAUGCC